AUCUAUCUCUAUUACUACUAUAACAUCAAACUCAACAGCUUUUACAGUCUUAUUCUUUCUUCUUCUCAACUACUUUGUAUUACAUAUCAUCAAUCAUGGAAUCGUCUACACCUGUCCUUUGGCCCACUCCCCGCCACAUGGUCUCAAGCUCUUCCACCAUGGCCGCCCUCUCUCCACGUUAUAUCGAUCAAUGCGUAAAGUCUAAUCCACGCCAGCUUAUCAAGGUGGACAUCCUAGGAGACACAGUUGAACUACCAGUCUAUGCUCUUCGGAGACGCAAUGCUCUUGUACAUAUCUAAAACAUACUCAUUCAACAACAACAACAAACAAACAAAAAGGAUACUGGAUUCUUUAUACAUAGAUACACACACAUAUACGCUCAAUUUACAUACAUACACAAACAGUUACAUUUUAUAUACAUUUUAUUUUAUUUGCUUUACUCUGUACAUAUCCUUCUUUGUUCUUCUUGUCUACUACUAAUAUCAAUAGUAAUCCAAAAAUAAAAUAAAAUAAAAUAUCUAAUUUAAUUUAAUUUAAUA